AUGGAAGCCGCCACUGAUGAAACCGGUGGAAAAAAUCAUCUUGACAAUGUUUUAUCUGAAACUGAAAUUGCAAAUUUACCUAAUGGCGUUGCAGAAAAGCUCAACUCCUACAUUGAUACGAAAUUUGGAGAAUACUUGACGUCUAAAGCUUUGUUCGAAAGUACCAAGUCACAAAUAGAUGAAAAAGUUGCAAUACUAGAGGCAACUGCUACAGACACAGCGUUAAAAUAUGAAGAAUCAGCUAAAAAACUGAUUGUUGCUGAAGAAACUAUUACAGAAUUAGAAAAAAAAGUGAUUGCCCUUAACACAGAAUUAGAAAAAUCUCGUGAGAAGGUAUCGCGACUCGAAAAUGAAGUUAUUUCUAUUAAAAGUGCAAGAGAUGCUGCUGUUGAUGAGAGGAAUGACUUGACUCGUAUUCUUCAACGACGUGAUACUGAAAUUGAAAGACUAACAGCAAAUGAAGUUUCUCUUUCACAACAAUUAAAAGCUGCUAUUGAUUCAAAAUGUGAGGCUUUAGCUUUAAAUGAUGAAAUCCAGAGCAAAGAACUAUCAUUACAGUACCGAGAAAAACGAUUAGACCAAGAAAGAGUUUUAUUGAAUUCACAAAUUAAAAUCUUAAAUGAAGAAGUUGAUAGGCUUACAUCUGAACUUCAAACAGUAAGAUUAAAUACUACUAGUAGAAUGGUUAAUUUGGAAACACAACUUACAGAAAAAGUUGAGGAGUUAAGUGUUGCCAAUGACCAAAUUGUUCAACUAAAUGAGGUAAAGAAGAGUUUAAAUAAUCGCCUUGAACAUUUGACACAGCGUUUAAUGGAGCAAAGAGAGUUGGAAAACAAAAUGGCAGAGAACUAUAAAAAAGAAUUAGAAGCAAAGGCUAAAUUAGCUGAUCUGUUUAAAUCUAUGCAUGAUGAUGCCGAAUCUAAAACAGUUGAACUAACUGAAGGAAUAGCUGAAUUACAAAAGUUGCUAAAUGAAGCUACAGAGAAAUAUGGCGAAUUGGAAACAAAAUAUAAACAAGCUGAAGUUGACCAUGAAGAGCUCUUGGAAAAGAAAAAUGAAAUAAUAGCUUCACUUAAAAAUGAGCUAGAACAUGCCAAUGACUUAUUAAAAGCAGCAAAUGCUCAAAAUUUGGAAAUGGCACUUAGUGAUUUAGCUCCAUCUGCAGCUGUGGCUAGUAAAUUAUUGAAAUCUGGAAUGUCUUUAACUCAAAUUUACUCUCAGUUAGUUAAAGUGAGUGAAGAGCUAGCACAGGAAAAAGAAGAAAAUAAAAAAUUAAAUAUAACCAUAAAUAAAAUUGUGCAGGAAUUGGAAGAAAAAGCCCCUUUCAUACAGAAACAAAAAUCCGAGUAUGUUGAAGCAUUAGAAAGUAAUUCAGCCUUAUCACAACAAAUUGAAUCUUUGACAUUAGAGUGUAAUAGAUUAAGGGAUGAUUAUAAUGAAACAUCAAAAAUUGCUAAUCACUAUAACAGGGAAAAUAAUAAGUUAAAAGGAGAAUUAGCUGAUUUAGGAAGGCAAGUUUGCUUUUUACUUAAAGAGGUGGAACACAGUAGAGGAGGUCUUGUCAAUGGCGAUCAUGACUCUUCUCAAAGUAAUACUACUAGCUCAUCUGAUUUAACUUCUUCAAGGAUAAUUUCAAAAACUCUUGUAACGUUUUCUGAUAUUCAAGAAUUACAAGCAAAUAAUCAGAAAUUGUUGCGUAUGAUUAGAGAGCUCACUGAAAAACAAGUUGAGCUGGAACAACAGAAGGAGCAAUUUGAAAGUGGCGAAAUGGAAAAUAAGGUCGAAAAUCUUAAGCAAAGAGUUUCUGAGUUAACGGAAGCACAAGAUAGGCAGACAAAAAUGGUAAAUGGUCUUAUAAGACAGAGGGAUAUGUUUAAAAAAUUAUACCAUGAUCUCAUGCGAGGCAAGCGCCAUGAGAUGUCUUCUGUCAUGGAUCAUUCUGAUUUAGAUAAAAGUGAAUCUUUCUCAAUGGAUACUACUCAAGACACUACAACUUCAAAACAACAGAAUGCGAUAUCAAAUGUUGAAAUAAAAUAUAAAGAAGUUGAAAAACAACUAGAAAUGUUGAAAGAAGAAUAUAAAACUUAUAAAGAAGAGAAAAUAACUAAUGAAAGAAUGUUAUUUGAACAGAUUGAUAAUAUGAGACAAGAAAUUUCGAAACUUACAGCUGCAAACAGUAAAUGCUCUUCUACUUUAGAUUUUAACAAUGAAAGGCUAAAAACGUUACAAGCAAAUAUAUCAACAUACAAGAAACAAAUUCAAUCUUUGGAAGAUAAAAAUAAAGCUUAUAAUGCUACAAUCGCAAAACAUGAAGUAUCUUUGCAGCAUUUAAGGAACGAAGUUUUGAAUGCUCAGGGUAAACUAGCAGCAGCUGAGAUACAAAUAGAUAAUUUAAACACAAAAAACAAAUUGUUGAAAGACGCCGAAUUACGCCUACAAACAGAGAAAGAAGUAUUAAAUAGAGAGCGUCAGGGACAAGGAUUGUUGCUGAAAAAUCUUGAAUUAAUUAAAGUUAGUUUGGAACGUGUCGAAGCAGAAAAUCGUACUAAAAUUGAAUCAAGACUUGACGAAGCUACUAGAGAAUGUGCAGCUUUAAGACGAAGGCUACAGGAGGAACAAGACAGAUUUAGAGAAUUAGCAGCUCAUCUUGAACGACAGACUGAAACAGCAAAAUCUAGGAUGCAAGAAGAAAAAGAUGCUGCCGAUAUUUUAAGAAAAGAAGUAAAUCAACUUCGAGAUGACUUAAUUGAGAAAACUAAACAUAAUGACGAACUUGCUAAAAAAUUAAAAGCUGCUUUGGCACCAAGUAGUGAUGGAUCAAUUGAUUCAAUCAGACGAAUUAAAGAUCUUGAAAAUAAACUGACUGAUAAGGAUGCUGAAAUCACAUCAUUACUUGAACAAUUGAAUAGAACUAAAGAGCACAUAAAACAAUAUUGUGACAUUUCUGAAGAGUCUGAAAAACAGCUAAAAGUUCUCAGCAACGAGUAUGAGGUAUAUAAAGCAAAUACGUCGGCUAAACUUGAUGAAAAUGCAAGUAAACUUAAAGCACUCGAGGAGAAGUGUUCAGAACUCGAAGCGGAAAUUUCAUUACAGGGUAAUGGUGACUAUUCAUCUGUAAACACCAAUUUGAAGAAUGAAUUAGCAGCUGCCAAAGAAGAACUUGCUAGUUUAUAUAUGUCUAAUGAAUGUUGUCGCAAUGAAUUGGACACGGCUCGUGGUGAAAUAAAUAAGCUCUUGGAAUCUGUACAGAAAGCAGAAGAAAAAUACAGCCAUGAGGUCAUACUUCAUUCCACAGAUAUACAAAUGCUAACUCAAGUCAAAGAAGACCUAUGUAGAGUGCAAAAUGAACUAAAUGAGAUGGUUUCGUUAAAAAAUAAUGCAGUCGCAAAGAUGGAGGCUGAGAUGAGUUCUUGGCUAGAAAGAGAGAAAAUGUUAGUUGCAGAAAAUGAACAAUUAGUUCAACGUUUGAAAGACCUUAAUGACCAAAACUCAUUGUUACAUGAUCAAAUACAGGCUCUUGGUACGCAACUUUCCGUAACUCACGCUUCCCGAUCACUGUCGGAAAGUAUGAAUGAUUCUACUAAUGAAACGAGCGUAAACACAUCCAUAAAUGAGGAAGAUGGGAAAUCUUCUGAACAGCUAUUCCAAAUUGUUAAAUUUUUGCGAAAGGAAAAGGACAUUGCGAUGGCCAAAUUCGAGAUAUUACAAGCUGAAACUAUGCGAUUGCGAUCUCAGUUGGAGAUAACAGAGAAACAUUUAGAUGAAUGUAAAUUGUCAUUAGCAACUGUAAGAGAACGAUCUGAGGUUGAUAUGGUGACAGUUAACAAACAAUCUGAUAUUUUAAGAAAAGUAGAAACACUAAAUGCUUUAACCGAUAGUAACAGAAUUUUACGUGAAGAGCGUGACACUUUGAGUUCCCGUGUAGAGGAACUUACAUCACAACUCAAAUCUUUAGAAGAUAAGUUGGUUCCAUUACAAGAGAAAAUAUCGGAUCUUACUUCCAAGAAUGAAACUUUACUUUCUGAAAAUACAUCACUAAAAGGAGAUUGCGCCAGAUGGCGAUCUAGAGUUAAUGCUCUUGUGGAACGGGCAAAUAAGACCAGUCCUGAAGACUGGAAGCGUUUACAAAACGAACGGGAGACUUUAGCAAAAAUGCUAACUAGUGAAAAGGAGACUGUAAGGAAGGUGAAUGAAGAAUUAACAAAUAUAAAACUUGAAAAAAUUAAACUAGAGGAACAUCACGUUGCACUUUCGCGUCAGCAAAAUGUACUUAUGGAUGAAAAUAAAAAACUUAAUGAAGAGAUUCAGGUUCUUAAAGAAGAUAUGUCGAGAUUGACAGAGGAAUUAACGAAACUAAAAGCCGAAAAUGCCUCCAUAUCAGAUACAAACACAAAAUUGACGGAAGAUCUUUCUAAUAAAGAAGCUUCCCUUAAUGAUAUUAAGAAUAAAGAAAUUCAAAUACGUAAAAUAGCUAAAAAAUAUAAGGGGCAGUAUGAAGAUCUUGUCAAGUCUGUUGAUCAAGAGAAGAAGAAGAAUGAAAGUGAUGUAGCCGCAGCGGGCGCUGCAGCCGCUGAAAGUUCAAAGAAGAUCGAGGAUCAACUGAAUGAAAUCCAAACUCAACUGGAAACAGAAAAAGCAAAUAAUGAAAAAUUAAAACAGGAGUUGGAGACAUUGAGAACUGCCAACUUGGACAAAGAAGAAAAGGCAAAACAGGUACUAAAGCAAGCUAAAAGCAAAAUUGUCCAAUUGACAGAGGUUAAAAAUUCCCUAAGCCGUGAGCUAGACGAAACUCGGACAAAGAUUGAGUCAAUAGAGCAAAGUACAAGGGAUGAACAAGAUGUUAGAUUAGCGCUUAUUAAGUCACAAUAUGAAGGGCGAUUGUCUCGCCUUGAGAAGGAAAGAGGAGAAGCACAAGCCGAACGUAACAGGGAAGUCGAAGCCUUGAUGCAGAAAGUCAAUAUAUUGCAAAGACAAUUGGCAAACCAGUCCUCGUCUUCUAAGCAGCAAACAACUCUGGACAAGACUACUACUGAACCACCUACAGCAAAUAUUAAGCCAAUGGCUGGUGUUGCGCAACAAAGUGUAUCUGGAAGUCGCCGUGGUGGCGAGACCCCGCUUGCAUCAAUUCGGCCGAUGGCCCAGGUGGGACCGACCGCGCCGCACGACGCGCACACCACAGAAUACAUGCCUGCCUCUUCAUCGCGCCCACUUACUCGUUCUUCCCUCGCGGCCUCCACUGCACCGCCAGAAUCUACACAGGAUAUGGAUACAAGUGAAGCAGGCAUGGGCAGUUCUGGGUCUAGCGACAGUACCACACAAUCUACAUCGCAUUCUCAAACCCCACAGCAAGCGGUAGCUUUGGUGUUGCCGCGUAUCGAACAGCCAAACACUGGUGGGACGAGUUCACUGGGUAGCGCCGCUAGCUCUCCUGUCGCCGUCCCAGCAUCUGCACAACCACCGACGGCAACACCACAACCAGCGAGCGCAGUAAGUGGAGCAUCGGCGACGGCGUCUAGCGUCAGUACGUCGCACGCUACCGCCGCUAUAGUGAGCACAUCUCAUGCUGCGACGGUGGGAACGUCGCACACUGCGCCCGUUGUCACCACUUCCCAUACCGCGCCGGGAGUGAGCACCUCCCAUUCCGGCGCAGGCGUCAGUACUUCUCAUGUCGCACCAGGUGUCAGCACCUCCCAUCCACCACCCGGCGUUAGCACCUCGCAUCCACCCCCAGAUGCGCGACCGCUGAAACGACGCCUACAGUCAAGAUCAGUAACAUCCAAACGGACACGUGUACAAGGUUUCGAAAGAUCAGUGGAAGUGGAAUACCAAGUGCCGACUUCGUCCCGUUGCGAUCAAGAUGACGAGGGUGUGAUCGUAGUCGAUUCUGAAGAAGAUGAUGAAAGGUGCUCAGGGACCAUGUAUCAGGAAGGUGAAGAAGACGAUGAAGAUAUGGAAGAGGAACAGGAAGUCGAGGCAGGAGAGGAGGAAGAGGAGGUGGAAGGCGAUGAAGAGAGUAGUGCUACUCGGCAGGAGUCGCCAGCACAGUCCCCCGAAGCAGGCGAGGCUGGUUCCGCGGAAUCGGGCGGAUCAGUUGGUGAGGGAGGUUCCGUGGCCGAGGCAGAUGUCGGCGAAGCCGAAGGUGCUCGUGAAGCCGACAGCGACCCGGCACCUGCGCACGCGCAAAUUGAGGCUAUUAGUAGUGGCACUGAACCCAGUGGCGCUCUGUCGAUCGGUGGAAACAAUGGUGAUGAUGGGGAUGACAGCAUCGUGCCCUCGACACCAACACUGUACGUCCCGAGACGUAACGAUGGGUUCGGUGAGGCAGUAGUGUCUCCAUUGGGCGUUGCGGGCGAAGGCUCAAUUGCGGGCACUGGUCCCGGUGGCGCGCGGUUCACCUUCGCUGAGGCAGGGGGCGCUGCGUCGCAUCACGAUACUCAUGCGGAUCUAACAGCCGCAUUGCCGCCACCCGCGUCACACUCUCUUGCCCACUCCGACACACGGGGUGAGACUAAUGAACCACGAGAAUGGGAGGAGUCACGGAACGAAGAAGAAGCUGCUGCAGUGAGCUCUCAGGGCAGUGAACCUUCUUCCCCGCAGCAAGUAGCUGAGGAGGGCCGCGAGGCAGAGGCAAGCGCAGCGCCGCGACGGUCCGCCACACACACCCCACAUACCCCGCAUCCCUCGCCGCACCAGAGAUGGAUGAGAGCUGCAGACAGCGAAAGUAGUCCCCGCGGCAGAGGUUCGAGGCCGAGAGGACGUCCAUCCAGAAGAUCGCAUAACUAUAAUAGGUUCUAA